GCACUUUCCCAACUGAGCUGCUUCCCCAGCUGUCAUGAGUACUCUGUGACAAAGACCAGCACACUUGUGUCUGUCCAGUCAGAAAUUAUUGGAGAACAAUAAAUUCACAAGGUGCAGCUGUCCAUAUACUUCCUUGGAUUCCUAAAGCGCAGCCACAUUUCCCAUCCCUGGGCUGUUGUUCUGAUAUCUAGCCAUGCAUCGCAGGUCAAGAGGGAUCAAUGCCGGGCUCCUGCUGCUCCUUUCCCAGAUCUUCCACGUUGGGAUCAACAACAUACCACCCGUCACUCUAGCAACUCUGGCUGUCAAUGUCUGGUUCUUUCUGUAUCCCUUGAAGUCCCUGUACAGUGCCUGCCUCAGUGUGGAGAAGUGCUUCCAUCAAAAAGACUGGCAGCGUCUGCUGCUCUCUCCUCUUCACCAUGCUGACGAUUGGCAUCUGUACUUUAACAUGGUGUCCAUGCUCUGGAAAGGAAUACAUCUGGAGAGAAGACUGGGAAGUCGAUGGUUUGCCUACAUCAUCGCCACCUUCUCCUUACUCACUGGGGUGGUCUAUCUGCUCUUGGAGUUGGCAGUUGCUGAACUGAUGGAUGAGCCUGACUUCAGAAGGAAUUGUGCUGUAGGUUUCUCAGGUGUUUUGUUUGCCUUGAAAGUUCUGAACAACCAUUAUUGCCCUGGAGGCUUUGUCAGCGUCCUGGGCUUCCCUGUCCCCAACAGAUUUGCGUGUUGGGCAGAACUUGUGGCGAUUCAUUUCUUCACCCCAGGGACGUCCUUCGCUGGACAUCUGGCUGGAAUUCUUGUUGGACUCAUGUAUACUCAGGGUCCUCUGAAGAAAGUCAUGGAAACAUGUGCAGGCAUUUUUCCCUUCAAUAUUGGAUACCCAGGAUACCAAUACUACUUUAAUAGCUCGGGCCCCUCUGGGUAUCAGAAUCACUACCCAGAUGGCAGGGCAGGGUUCUACGAAGAGCCUCACAGGAACUACGAUGUCUACACAGCGGGACUGAGUGAGGAGGAGCAGCUGGAAAGAGCGUUAAGAGCCAGCCUCUGGGACCAAGGAAAUACCAGAAGUAGCCCGCCGCCCUAUGGCUUUUGGCUGUCCCCAGAAGAAGAAAUGAGGAGGCUUCACAGAUUCGAUGGCCAGUGAGAUGGCCCAGCAUACUGGGAAGAUGUGCUCCAGGCCAGUUGUGUGAUCCAAUUGCUUCACUCCCCAGCCCACUAAUUGGUUUUAAACAAAAGCAGAGUAUACCAUUACUAUCCCAGAUUCCUCCUGCCUGCCCCGUGGUCCCUGUGAGUCCAGUCUGUGUCUGGCUUGUCCAAGGCAGCUCACGAAUUUCCCGGGGUAGUCAUCUGGUCUUGUUCUCUAUAUCCAACUGAAGGGCACUUCCUCAACACUGCCAACAGUUUCCACACUUCCUUCCUUCCCACUGACUCAAUGGCACAUCCACACUGUGUGGGAGUUAAAGACGGUGACUAUUGCAAGAGGUUUUGUUUCCCCACAUUGGGGCUCGUUCUGCCUGGGGUGGUGGAUGCACAGCUUCGCAGGGCAUCUCCUGGCCUGUGUCCCAUGAUGGCUUGGGAAGAGGCAGUGGCUUCCUUCCCAGUUUGUUCUAGUCUCCUUCACCAUACAACUCACAUUCCCUCUCUGGGACUGGCUGGUGUUCACAACCUGCUGAAGAGGCGUAAGAAACCCCAAGGGGCACCAAAACAGCCCAAGGGGAAGAAAACACCUGCCCACCCCAUUAGCUGCCAGGUGGCCCCAGCAAUCUGGCCCCACAGCGACCUCUCCAGGGACAGUGUGUGUGCGCCCAGGAGAUGGGACUUGCAGUUUAAUCAACAAAGCAGCAGCAGGUGCCUUGGACCAAGCAGAGCAAAGGCGUUCAGUCCCUGUAAAUCCUCCUUGUAGGAAGUACCUUUUUUCCUUGUAAAAGUGCCUUUUCAUUGGCUGCUAUUCAGCUGUUUGUCCUGAAAGAAGGGUCCAGUACAUGCUCAGGGGCUACACUGUCCAGUACACAGACUUGCCAAACCAUUUGAGGCAUUUCCUGGUGCUUGUGUUUGGAAGUAAAAGGACAGAGCCAGAACCUCACUAACAUCUUACUCCCUUGGAACUAUUUAUGAAGAAAGUAGAGACAAAAAAGGAUCCUUCUAUGUUGACUUAGCUACCAUUCAUACACAGCAAGUAGUAGAUGUCCCUUUGUUAUGCAGGGUGCACAUGUCAGGAAGGGGGAUGCCAAAUGUUGACACAGACUGUCUUUGGGGUGGAGCACAUGGCACUUAGCUUUCCCUUGUUUAUAGUUUUAUAUUGCUAUUUUUAAAAAUGUGUAUAUGUAUGUAUUACAUUUGCAGUCAGGAAAGUUGAUUUCUAUUAAAAAAAAAAAGGCAAGACACAUGUAGCUAGUGAAAUAAAUGUAAAGAUUUAUUCUCUUUGUUCUUAAGAACAUCCUCAGUGCAAAUAAAUACCUGAUUUUAAAAUCACCUGUGUUCCCACCACUUGGAGGUGGAGCCGUAUUUUGAGCUGUAUUGCUGUCUGUUCUUUGUGUAACUGUGAUAAAUCUUGGAGUACACUGUACAGCUUUGUACCGAGUUGUUCAUCUGAAUUUUCUGGGAGUGGCCCUGACGCCUACACGAAGAUGACCACAGCAUCCACCAGCAUCUGCGCUCUGGCCACCUAGCUGGACAGUGGUGCCCAGAGCUCCUUGGUUUAACUCACAACUGAUGUAGAGCUGCAGCUCGUUGAUAAUAUGCACUCUGUCUGGGAGCCUGAUCGACUUAUACUGUCAAUUAGAAUGGUCAAGCUGUCUCCCAAACUGGAAGUCUGAUUUCUCUACCAAGUCAGAACUCAUUCUUCAAGGCUAUCUGCUGACCAAGCCUGGACACUCUUCCACAUUCAUGGCUAGCUCUCCCUACUUAGGAAACUCUGCAUACCCCAGGUCAUGCCCGAGGUUGCCCCGAGCAAAGCCUGAUCUUAUCUUCCCAUGGCUCUCCCUCUCCUCCUUCCUCAACCCAAAUGUUGUGGAAAGGCUCAUGAAACAUUAAUGUUCCACCAAAGUCUUAAAUUGCAUUAGAAGUCCAUCCAAUUAUUUAUCCAAGUACUUGGUUAUUUUGUAUGUAGCUUGAGUCCAAUAGUAGUACCUGCUUCUCUGUUUAUUUUAUCAGAUACAAAGACACUGGGAUUCCAUUUUUGAAUGCAGAGUUAUAAUAUGCAUGUUUUAUUUAUUUAUGGAGUAUAAUAUCACCAACAUGUAAUACCUAUGUGGGAAAGGUUGUUAUAGUUAUUAAUAUAAACCAAUUAUUUUUUCAUAAUAAAGAUGUUCUGGCAAUGA